CAGAGGCCAAAAUUAGGACAGUUUCGGCAUAACGUAUACUGACUGUUUUAGAUUAACGCAGCGUUAUCAAGAAAAUCAACCACGGACUUUUCUUUUACAAGUAGACGGAGUGUGCAAUGCCAGACUUAAAGACUUCAGGGGAACACAAACUCUCCGAAGAGCAAGUCGCAGAAUUGCGUGAGGCGUUUUGUUUGUUCGAUAAAGAUGGCGGUGGUAGUAUAUCCCAAUGCGAGCUUGGUGAAGUCAUGAAGUCCCUUGGUCUCAGCCCAACACAACAAGAACUCAUCGAUAUGAUUGCUGAAGUCGAUGAAGACGGUAACGGUGAAAUCGACUUUGAGGAGUUUCUCCAAAUGAUGGCCAGUAAAAUAAAAGACCAAGAUACAGAAGAAGAGAUUAGAGAUGCUUUUCGUGUGUUUGAUAAGGAUGGUAAUGGYUUAAUAAGCCAUAAAGAACUCAAGCUUGUCAUGUCAAGACUGGGAGAGAAACUUACUGAUGAUGAAGUGGAUGAAAUGAUAAGGGAAGCGGACCUUGACGGCGAUGGAAUGAUUAACUAUGAAGAAUUCAAAUUACUAAUGACUAAAUAAAAAGGAGUCCUGGCUUUGGCAUGCUCGUGUCAUCUUCUAUUGAAAUMYCUGACCGAYUUUGAGCUCACAGAAGAACAAAAAAACGAGUUACAAGAGGCCUUUUCGCUCUUUGACAAAGAUGGAAGUGGCACAAUAUCCAAUGAAGAACUAGARGUUGUGAUGAAGUCACUAGGCCAAAACCCAAGCGAAGAAGAAUUGCAGAAAAUGAUCCGUGAAGUUGACGCUGAUGGGAAUGGCGAGGUUGACUUUGAGGAGUUCCUUGUCAUGAUGAAGACUCAGAUGCAGCAUCGAGAUGCUGACGCAGAAGUGAGGGAAGCGUUUCGAGUCUUCGACAGAAAUGGCGAUGGCUCAAUAACUGCAAUGGAACUUCGAAGUGCUAUGGCGAGUUUAGGGGAAAAGUUGAGUGACGAUGAAUUAGCUGAAAUGAUGCGUGAGGCAGACCUUGAUGGAGAUGGUGUUAUUAAUUUUGAAGAAUUUGUUCAUAUGAUUGGUAGUAUGGAUAAAGGAGCCAACGCCCCACCUCGAUAUCAAAUGGAAAAUUGAUUAUAUCACGUCACGUAAGGAGCUUGGAGUAUACUUGAGUCACGCUGGAUUAGCGGUUGAACA